AUGGAGACCCCAGCACAGCGGCUGCACCUUCUCCCUCUGUUGCUGCUGCUUUGUGGUGAGUGUGCCCAAGUAUGUGGCUGCAAUGAGACAGGGAUGCUGGAGAGGUUGCCUCGCUGUGGGAAAGCCUUUGCCGAAAUGAUGCAGAAGGUGGACGUCUGGAAGUGGUGCAACCUGUCAGAGUUCAUCGUGUACUACGAAAGCUUCACUAACUGCACGGAGAUGGAGACAAACAUCGUGGGCUGCUACUGGCCCAACCCGCUGGCCCAGAACUUUAUCACGGGUAUCCAUAGGCAGUUCUUUUCCAACUGCACCGUGGACAGGACCCACUGGGAAGACCCCCCGGAUGAAGUUCUCAUCCCACUUAUCGCAGUUCCAGUCUUGUUGACCGUGGCUAUGGCUGGGCUGGUGGUAUGGCGUAGCAAGCGCACUGACCGGCUUCUGUGAGGGCCUGCGGGAUGGAAGGCCGUGCCUGGCAAGCUAGAAGAAUGUCGCCCAGAGCUCUGAGAGCCUGCAGACUCUGUUUCUGUCUGGUCUGCUUUGGCCACACCCUACCUGGUCCUGUCAAAGUCCUCCUGACUAGACUGACGUGGCCCUUGCUGUCUAGCCUGCUGCCUGGUGGGGUUCAGGCUGCCCCGACAGGUGCUUCACUCUUUCUUGGGCUAGUGGAAGAAAGUGACAAACCUCACAAAUUGUACCAGGCGUGGAAAUCAUCUCUUGCUGAGUCCCACCCUCCCCGGGCUGAAUUCCCGAGUUUCUAGACAUUUCUUGGCAGAGUCUGGCCCAGCCUCAACCCUAACCCAGGUCCUGACCCAUUUCUAUCCCUGACCCUAACCUACGCUUGGGGCAGAGAGGGCAGGCAAGGUCAUCUGGAAGGUGUGGAGUCCCAAGCAGAAAGAGAGAUGAGCACAUUCUUUGUUGGACAUGAAGGGUAGUCGAGGGGAUUGGGGAAUGGAGUUGUUGGGAGUCAUGUGUGACCUACGGACCUGCCUGUCUUCUAGGCGAUCUGCCAUGAUUCUGUGUCCAGUGUGGGCUGGAGCUGUGAUUUGUUUAACCCUUCAGACACCUACCCUGAAGAUAGAGAGUGAACCUCCUUCCUGAGGGGUAUUCCUGGGGGUGAGGCACGCUCUGAGCAUGCUCAAGGGUUCUGUCUGCUGAUGUCUGCUUUCUGAUUAAAGUGUCUCCUUACACGUGG